ACACAUUUCACAAAUUUCUAAAACCAUCUAGCUAUCAUUUCCAAAAAAUGGCGUCUUCCUCUACCCUUUACAUAAUUGCCAUUCUUUUUCUUCAACUUAUAUUAGCCUUUGGAAACGUUUCUCCAAGUUCAAGACUCUCCACCACUAACAACAACAACAAUCCAUGGCUAUCACCUUCUGGUGAAUUCGCUUUCGGAUUUCGGAAUACCACAACAAACUUUUUCAUGCUUGCAAUAUGGUACAACAACAUACAUGAUCAAACCAUUGUUUGGAGCGCCAAAGACAUGAACAACAGCAACAACCUCGUACUAGCACCAACAGGAUCACAGGUUCAGCUAACAUCAGGUGGACUCACGUUGACAAAUCCACAAAAUGAAUCCAUUUGGACAGCACAACCAAACGAUAUUGUUUCCUAUGGAACCAUGCUUGAUAAUGGAAACUUUGUUCUUGUAAACAACAAAUCUGCUAUUGUUUGGGAAAGUUUUAAGUUUCCUACUGAUACCCUUUUGCCUAAUCAAUCACUUGAGUUAGGUGCCACCUUAACUUCAAGAUUCUCAGAGACCAAUUUCACAAGUGGAAGGUUCCAACUUUAUUUUAAUGAUGAUGAUCAUAAUCUAAUGUUAAGUCCACUUGCAUGGCCUACUCAAUUUCGUUACAAUUUUUACUAUAGAAUUGAAGUUAAUAAUAACUCUGCAUCUUCAAGUUUAGUUUUUGAUGAAUCAGGAGAUAUUUAUGUGGAAACAAAUAAAAAUGGUACUACUAGAAUCAAACCUCAGGGUACACAAUGGAAAAAUUUAGAUCUUGAUCCUAAGUUGUAUUAUUAUAGAGCAAUACUUGAUUAUUAUGGAGUUUUGACACAAUAUUCUCAUCCAAGGGACACUAAAGCAAAACAAGGAUGGACGAUUAUGAGGUAUGUUCCUGAUAACAUUUGCAUUGCAAUAUUCAAUGAAAUGGGUAGUGGAACUUGUGGCUAUAAUAGCUAUUGUUCCAUGGAAAAUCAGAGACCUACUUGUAAAUGUCCUUAUGGUUAUUCGUUGAUAGAUCCAAGUAAUCAAUUUGGCGGGUGUCAACUCAAUUUCACACUUGGUUGUGGAGCUGAUAAUGGUGAAGGAUUGAAUGUGAAGCCAGAAGAUUUGUAUGAGUUUACUGUUCUUACAAAUGUGAAUUGGCCAUUAUCAGAUUAUGAACGGAUGCAGCCUUAUUCUCAACAUGACUGUCAACAAUCUUGUUUGCAUGAUUGUAUGUGUUCUGUUGUUGUCUUCAGUAACCAAAAUUGCUGGAAGAAAAGAUCGCCUCUAGCUAAUGGAAGAGAAGAAAGUGGUGGUAAUUUAGUACUUAUAAAAACAAGAGUUUCUCCUCUUGGUAAAAUAGGUGCUAGUCCUUCCACUAAUUUGAAGAAAGACAACCAAGUUAACCCGAUUCUUCGAGGUCUACUAAUUGGUUCAGCUGUCUUCAAUAGCAUACUCUUGGCUGCAGUUGUUUUGGUGACUUUGUUGAAGCCGAAAAGGGUUGUCGUAGGCACAACUCUCUUGGAAACAAAUUUAUGUUCGUUUAGUUAUGACGCGUUAAAAGAAGCUACAUGGGGUUUUAUUGAAGAACUAGGUAGAGGUUCCUUUGGAAUUGUUUUCAAAGGUGAAUUGAAAGCAGCAACGUCUUGUAAUGUUGUUGCUGUUAAGAGAUUGGAUCGGUUAGCCCAAGAUCGUGAGAAGGAAUUUAAGACUGAGUUGAGAGCCAUUGGUAAAACCUGCCACAAAAACUUGGUCAAGUUGAUUGGAUACUGUGAUGAGGGAAUGCAUAGAAUGUUGGUAUAUGAGUUCAUGAACAAUGGCAGCCUUGCAAACAUCUUGUUUGGACAAACAAAACCCACUUGGAAUCAAAGGAUUGGAUUUGCUUUGGGGAUUGCAAGAGGGUUGGUGUAUUUACAUGAAGAGUGUGACACUCCCAUCAUUCAUUGUGACAUAAAGCCUCAAAAUAUACUCAUAGAUGAGUACUUCACAGCAAAGAUUUCUGACUUCGGAUUGGCUAAAUUGUUGUUGGCCGAUCAAAGUAGAACAAAAACCAUGAUCCGAGGAACGCGAGGAUAUGUAGCUCCUGAAUGGUUCAAGAAUGUUCCAGUGACGGCUAAAGUGGAUGUUUACAGCUUUGGUGCCAUGUUGUUGGAAAUUGUUUGCUGCAGAAAAAGUGUGGUGCUGAUGGAGUCAGGGGAGGAAGAAAAAGCAAUUUUGACAGAUUGGGCCUGUGAUUGUUAUAUGGAAGGGAGAAUAGAUGCUUUGGUGGAGAAUGAUCAAGAGGCCUUGGAUGACAUUGACAGGUUAGAAAAGUGGAUAAAGAUAGCAAUUUGGUGCAUUCAAGAACAUCCUGAAAUGAGGCCAACAAUGAGGAUGGUCAUGCAAAUGCUAGAAGGUGUGGUUCAAGUCCCUAACCCACCAUCGCCUUUUUCCUUCAGUUUGAUUCCUUGACUUCCAGGCAAAACUAUCGAGCGUGCGAGAAGGUUGAUCUCAUAUUUGUUCUAAAUACCAACAUCGACACUUUUAUACAAUCAUACAAUGUUUAUGAUUAUUAUCUGCUAUAAUGAAAUACAAAUUUAUAUGUUCUUUCUUGA